AUGGCAUUGCCUGAUGACAUCGUCACAGAGGUGUUCUCCUAUCUGCCGGCCAAGUCCGCCGGCCGGUUCCGCGCCUUGUCUCGUUCAUGGCGCGCCACGCUCUCGUCCGCCCCCUUCGUUGAGCUCCACCGCCGGCGAGCCAACGAGACAGGCCAUCCGAAGCUUUUCUUCAGCACUACCGCCGAGACAUCCGAAGACGAAGAAUCCUACUUUUAUUCCUGGCAGCCCGGUGGUGCCAUCAAGAAGCUCAUGCCCAACAAGUUCUACAGACCGACUCCUCUCACCAGGCCACUCCACGGCCUAGUCCUCAUCCGCUGCGCCGAGACCGGCUACCACAUCUGCAACCCUUCUACCGAUGAUUCCACGGGGUUCGCCCCAAGUACCCUAGUAUCCUUGGGUAGCAUACGGCUUUGGUUACUGCUCAAGUACAGUCCGAUCCUCUGUGAGGUCUUCGUCCUCGACAGACUGGCGUAUUGGAGGCCUACAACUCAACAGCCUCCCAUUUGCGUCUUGACGGACAAUCCGGGUGUGUUCCUCCUCAACGGCUGUUUGCACUUCCUUCGUGUUGAUGGUGGCAUUAUCGCUUUCGAUGUCAGUGGGGAGACGUUCGGCUCAGUUUUGCCGCCGCCCAAUCUGGACGGAGAAGCUUCGAUCUCAAUGACGGAGUUAGACGGGUGCUUAUGUGUCUGCCGUGGACAUACGGACCGCGGUGAUGGCAUGUACCGUAUAUGGAUGCUAAGAAAUUACAAGCAAGAUAAAUGGGAGCAGCUCUGCUGUGUCGAUAUGACCGCUUGGACGGAACCUGAACGAGCGCAUCUGGAAGCUUGCUUGAUAGCUCCACUGGACAUGUAUAACAGCGACAGUGGACAGAAGAAGGUUAUGAUUGGUACCACCGACUGCAAAGUGUUGGCGCUGGACAUCCCAAAUUGUGCCACACAGGAGAUCCUAUUCUGCCCUGACGAGGAAACUGCCUCCAACUUUGAGGACUAUGAUGACCUAGUGUUAGGCUCGUUUGAGGAGAGCCUCGUGCCCGUCAGACGCACAAUCGAGGAGAUGGUGUCGUUGUCGCCGAUGACCAGAGCAUGGUUUGACAUCCUCAAGUGGAUGCCGACACAGUCAGUUAAGGAGUUGAGCUUGGUUUGCAGGGAAUGGCGCGCAAUGGUCAAGGACGACUGCUUUAUUCGCUCACAUGUGGUUCAUGCAAACUUGCGUAAAAGCCCCCGUGUCAUGAUCAUCACCGAUUUCUUCAUUGCAAUAUUCAUGGAUUUGAAGGACUUCAAUGAACGGGCCUUGUCAAGGUCUCAACGUGGCGAGCUGCCAUAGACGGAGUUUCGUGUGCAAUCCGCCAUGGGUUACUUUCAGAGGAUGGAGUUCCAAAAUGUCCACGACAAGGAUUUCUAUGCCGGUCGUGUCGGGUUGGGUUACGACUCUGUAAAUAAUGAGCAUGUAGUAGUGCUUAUCACCUACACAGAGAAGAACUUUGUAACGCGAGAAUAUGCUCUUGAGUGUAGAGUACGGUAUGCAAAAGAACAAGAAUAUUGCUCAUUGGACGACCCUCCUUGUAGACCAGUGGCUAACAUCCAACCCACCUAUGUUGAUGGCAAAAUCUUCUGGAUGGUAGAUCCAAAUCUCGGGCCAAUUUGUCUAGACUAUGAGGUCGUGGCAUUCGAUGUGCAGAAAAAGAAAUUUGAGGUUCUUCGGGGUCCUCCAUGCGAGGUCAGCGGUGGCAGUAAUCCUAUGUCCAUCCUCCAGCUCCAAGGUGCACUUUGUGUGACUUGUUCAGACAAGCGCAUAAAUGUUAUUGACAUAUGGAUGAUGAAAGAUGUUGGGACCUGGGUAAAGGAAUAUCAUAUAGAGCUGAAAGGGUUCUCACCAGAGUACUCAUCAGAGUGGACUACACCAUUGGCCGUUGAUCCGAACGAUGGACGAAUUUUGCUCAAAACAGGUUGGUCAUUGGGUUAUUACGACCCCAAGACGGCGAAAAUGGAGACCAUAUGCAGAGUGGGCAGGCCAGGGGAUAGAUUGAAAUUCUGCCCUAUCAUCUGCCAUGAAAGUUUUGUCACCACACUUGGAACUUUUUAG